GUGGAAGUCCGGAUGUUCAGAUCAUGAUCAUAAUGGAUGGAGAUCAUAGCCAUUGUGGGUGCAAUGCUAGAAAGAAAAAACACCGAUUGUGGAAUUCCCACCGGCGUCACAUUCUGCAUUGCUAGCUAUCUAAGUAAAAGGAGGUGCAGACCAGUGUUGAGAAAAGUAACGCCCUCUCCUCUCUCUCUCUCUUUGUCUCUCUCUCGAGCUAUCGGCCAUCUGCAAACAAGAGCGAGAUAAAAAAAAGGAAAAAGCCUCUCCCCGAUUAUCCCAACCGUUCUAUUUCUCUCUUGCCCUUUUUCGGUCUCUCUUUCUCUGUGGGUAGCCGUUGCUGAGCAUCUUGCAAUCCGACAGUAGAACGCUCUCCGCCGACCGAGAUCGAUGGCACAGAGGUUCGCAGGAUUUCCCUCUCUUCUCCAGUCUUGGCUCGUACAAGGAGUCUAAUGGUAAUUCGUGAUGCAAAGGGUGUGAAUAUUUCGGUGCGUUAUGGAAUCGGGGGUCGCAGAUGAGUUGGGGGAUUGUGGCUUUGGAGGCGGGAUUUUCGGACUAGGCUUUUCCGUGUCCUUCCGUUGGCAGUUCCAGCAUUUACGGGAUUUUCCUUCCGGUUGAUUUUCAUUGUGGUGGAGGCUUAAAGCAUGUGGUUUUACUGCAAGGCACAUCAAAAUUUGAUAAAUUCAAAAAGACCAUUACAUAGACACAUGGUUGAAUGCAGCUUUGCACUUCAAAAAGUUCAGCAUAGUGUGCACUAAAGUGUGUGGAUGAGGAGGUUCCUGAAACUCGAAAGUGGUAGCAAGAGGAUCGUAAGCAUCUUGUCUGGAGCUAUUGUAUCCUCACAUGCUGCUUUGGAGCAGGUCCACCCUGAAUGUAUUGGCAUUACUCCAUUUCCAGUUGUGAAAUGGAGGAGCCGAGAUUUGAAUGGUGAAUGGAGAGAGAGUGCCAGACCUUUGUGGAAAAUAAUUUGGAAUAUAUCACAAUGUUUGUGGAAUGGGAUUUGUUGGGAAAAGGAACAUUUUCUUGGGUGAUUCCUCCAUUUUUUGUUUGUGAAGGGUCUACUUGGUAUAAUUAGAAGGUUAACAGCCAAAACACUCCUCAAUUUUGGGUUUCUCUCUCUCUUUCUCCGUCGUAUUGGUUCCCUGCUCUGGACAACUUCGCUGAGUUGCUCAGCAACUGGACGAGAAUAUCACGGCCUGAGAGAGGUUUUUGAAGUUUCGCCGUCUGAUUAUCUCCUUCAAGUGUUUUUGCAGAUCGCUGGAUCAGACUCGAUUGAAAUAAAUAACAGAAGCUAAGGGAGCGCUAGUGAAAGGAACAUGGGAUGGGGAAACAUCUACAAGAGACGCAUGAAAGUCUUUACUGUUGCAUUGAUUAUCUACCUAGACUACAAGGCUCUGCAGAAAAGGGAAAGAUGGAUUAAAAAAGCCAAACGAGCUGCUCUUUGGGAGAUUGUUCAUGAACGGAAUGCCAGACGUCUUCUGAAUUUGAUAAUUGAGUUGGAAGGUUUAUGGGUAAAACUUGGUCAGUAUUUAUCUACACGAGCAGAUGUGCUUCCCCAGGCCUAUAUAUGUCUGCUAAAACAGUUACAGGAUUCAAUGCCAUCUCGUCCUUUGGAAGAGGUAAUCUUAAGCAAUUGUGUUCAAAUCCAAAUUUUCUUGGUUUCUUGCAAGAUGCAUUAUAAAGAAUUCAAGAAUGGAAACAAGCCGACCUAUCUUUUGUAUCUGCAGGUUCGCCACACCAUAGAGGAAGAGUUGGGACAAUCAAUGGAUGAUCUUUUCUCUGAUUUUGACGAGACGCCACUUGCUACAGCAUCAAUAGCACAAGUUCAUCGUGCAAUUUUAAGAGAUGGGCAAGAAGUAGUUGUAAAGGUUCAACAUGAGGGCAUCAAGGCAGUCAUACUAGAGGAUUUGAAAAAUGCUAAAGCAAUAGUUGACUGGAUUGCAUGGGCAGAGCCACAAUAUGAUUUUAGUCCAUUGAUAGAUGAGUGGUGCAAGGAGGCACCAAAAGAGCUCGACUUCAAUCGUGAAGCUGACAACACAAAAACAGUAUCUAAAAAUCUUGGUUGCAAGAGCCCGUCUUCUGGUUCUGUUCACCGUAUCAAUGUAUUAAUUCCAGAAGUUAUACGGUCAACUGAAAAGUUACUUAUCCUAGAGUUUAUGGAUGGUGUUCGUUUAAACGACAAUGAAUCCUUGGAAAAGUUAGGAAUUGAUAAACAAAGAAUUGUUGAAGAAAUCACCCGUGCUUAUGCACACCAAAUAUAUGUUGAUGGAUUUUUCAAUGGUGAUCCUCAUCCUGGAAACUUUCUUGUUAGCAGAGAACCCCCACACCAUCCCGUCUUGCUCGAUUUUGGUCUCACUAAAUCAAUAUCAAGCUCCACAAAACAAGCAUUAGCAAAAAUGUUUCUUGCAUGCGCCGAGGGUGAUCACGUGGCACUGCUUUCAGCAUUUGCAGAAAUCGGUCUUCGGUUGCGUGUAGACAUGCCAGACCAAGCUAUGGAAAUAACAAAUAUAUUUUUCCGCAAUUCAACACCAGCAGAUGAAUAUCUUGAAAACUUGAAAGCCUUAGCGAAGGACAGAAAUGAGAGAAUGAAAGCCAUCCAAGAGAAGAUGAAACUGGGGAAGAAGAAGAGCACUUUUGUAAACCCUGUUGAUGCCUUUCCAGGUGAUGCUGUAAUUUUUGUCAGGGUUCUAAAUCUUCUUAGAGGUCUUUCAGCCAUUCUGAAUGUCAGGAUAGUGUACUUAGAUAUCUUGAGGCCUUUUGCUGAGGCUGCUUUAUUAGGAAAUCAAAUGUUAAAUGUGACUCCUGAAAAGUGGGUCUAUGAGAAGCCUGUUCUUUCCAGAGUGGAGGCAAAACUGAGGCAGUUACUGCUCGAAAUUGGACAGAACAAAAUAUUAGGCAUUCAGGUUAGUAAGUUCUGUUUACAUGUCAGUAGUGGUUUUCAAUUAUAUUCUUUGUGAUGCUCCAAUCUUAGA